AUGGCCUCCGAAUCCCAUGAAGGAACCAAAUUCUCCUGGCUCGAGCCACAUCCCUUGUUCGCCAUCGUCCUCGUUGGUCCCGACGAGACGCCCUUUGGAAUCCAGAAGGACUUCCUGUGCGCCAAGUCAAAGCAUUACCGCGAGUAUUUCUCUGGACAAAGUGAGCAGCAGCUCGAAAGCAUUAUCAAGCUACCCGAGACGUCGGCCGAAGUCUUCGGCCUGGCACAGAGCUUCCUCUAUACAGGCAAAUUCUGCUCUGAAUCAGAGACUCUUCCCGGAUACGAUGUGCUCAUUGCAGUCUGGAAAUUAGGGGAUCAACUCGGUAUCGAAGGCCUCUGCGAGGAAGCCCUCGAGGCCAUGACAGAAUGCCGACGACUCACCCACAGUAUACCAGCCACGCCUUUGCUUGUGCAGGUGUGGAAGGAUACACCGGAGGGUUCUGAUAUUCGCAAGCUCUUGCUGACGUGGGCCGCGGAGUAUAUCCGUUCUUCAGAGUCGCGCAGUGAGUUCAGCAAGUCGCUGCCGCAAGAAGUACUCAGUGAGCUUGUCGUCGCGAUGAGCCAUCUCAAUUCAACACCCGUCAUCCAGGUCAGUAGUACGUCGUCAGCCGACGGAACGACGCAGCGCAAGAAUGUCCACUAUCUUGAUGCCGACGAGGAUGACCAUGUGCGCCGGGAGAAAGCAGCAAAACACCGAUAUUCCGAUGCAGGGCCGAGAGGGUCCGCCGAAGAAGAUCAGAAGUCUAAGCCGGGACGCAAACCAGGACCGCGGACUUCGUUACCUAACAUCAAGCACGUGAAAAGCCGCAAAACAAGUCUGAACUUCUCCGGAGACUUUCAACCAACAAAGGAGCAGAAGCUCAAUUUCUGCGCCGAUCUCUUGAUGCGGAUGCUAUCUGGCUUCUGGACACGCCUGGUCGGUCCUUUCCGCGAGGCAGUCAAACCAGUGGAGGAUGGCGUGCCUGACUACCUUGAUAAGGUCUCCAAGCCUAUGGACCUCGGCACUGUCAAAAGCAAAAUGGACAACAAAGAGUACAACGAUGAGGAGGAAUUUCUGGCCGAUAUUCGCCAGAUAUUUGAAAACUGUUUCACAUACUGGACCAGCAAAGAUCCCAUGUGGGCGACCUGUGUCAAGUUUCAGAAGACAUUUGAGGAGAAGUACGCGGGUAUGAACAAGUGGAUUGCCAAGAUGGACGGGGAUGAGGCUGUUUAA